CCAUGACUCUAACCUGUGGCGUCUGAACUCAAGCGCGGACUACAUGUACGUCGACACGAGAAGUGUUAUUUUUUUAUUAUUUUUUUUUCGUUGGAGGAGACGGUGCUCUCCGCUGGAUUGAUGAUUUAAAUGGCUAACAGCAGCGCUGUGUCGUCGACCUUACCGUCGAGGGAUUACCAUUGUAAGGUUUGCGAUCUCUAUCUGGACACUGUUGAUUCAUUAGAGGUACAUUUGCAAUAUCACAAGGAAAACUUGUACGUUAAAUGGGGCACGCAGAACUCUCAAAAUGACACUGAUAAUAAUAACGGGGCAAAAGUGAAAUCGGAGACUACAGUGUCAGCCCCGGCUGACUCUAGCGACAGCAUGAUCACGAAGCCGAGCCCGGAGUUCCAGCAGCGCGCCACGCCGGAGACCUCGGCGCAGUUCCCGCACCCCGCCACGCCGCAGAGCUACCACAGCGCACCCUCGCCCUACCAGAAUCCGGACCAAACCAACUUUUCACCAGGAGCUCAGUUCGGUAACAAUUACUCUCAUUCUGGCUUUCCACAAAAUCAACAUUCCGAACAAAUAAAUUGGGAACAGUCGCAGUACAGUCAGGAGUACCAUAAACCCACACGAUUCCACCCAUACAGUAUGCAGGAUCGUGUGUCACAAGUAUCAUCUUCAAGUCCUUUGUAUGGUCAGCCUUUGAACCAGCCGACCCCGUCGCCAUCACCCAACCAGUGUGACAAGUGUGGCUUUGUCUGCGACUCCGCUGUGCAGCUCAACGAGCACUGCAACUCGGCUCACGCUGGCACCAGCUCAGGCCCCAACUCUGCUGCGCUGCCAUUUCAACAAUUUCCAGGCAAGCAAUACAAUAAUUCUGGGUAUUCUAAUGACAAUACAAAAAUCAAGGAAGAACAUGAAGAAUCUUCCGAUAUAUUAGACUUGGAUUCACAAAAAGUGGUUUAUCAAGGUAAUGAGGGCGAGCAGCCAAACCCUUCUUAUGAUGAAGCCCCGCAACCUGGCAGAGAAGUCAACACCAGGACGGUACCGAUGAUGCCAUGGGAAACGCAGAAGCUGUACAGCAACCCCCAAAUUAACGGCGAUGUAUCACUAUUCAAAGAGCAAAAAAUGUUCGGGGAGCAGAAAACACCAUACCCAACCGACGCCAAAAUGUUUCAUCCUGAACAAAAGUUUGCUUACGCCCAAGACAAAUUUCUUCCUGGGCAUCAUGACCAAAAGCAAUUCAUGCAUGUUGAGCAAAAAAUAUAUCCAGGUGUUCAAAUGCCACCCCUGACUGACUAUGCUGGCUUGGCGUCUUCCAACCCGGAUAUGAAGCCUCCUUAUAGGCCAUACGAUUCUCCGGCGGCACCUCAAAUAACAAGCACGCAGCCUGCUAAUCCCACAUCUUCAACCUUGCCAUCGAUCGGUGGGAAAGGUGCUAAUUGGAAGUCAAACGAAGCGCGACGACCAAAAACCUACAACUGUACCGCUUGCAAUAAAUGGUUCACAAGUUCGGGCCAUCUCAAGAGGCACUACAACACCACGCUGCACAAGAACGCUGUGAGGUCGUCGGGCCAGCCGGACCCGGCCACGAUGCCGAUCUCCAGCCACCACCACCCGAGCCGCGACUCGCUGCAGCGCGCACAGCAGCAGUCGGCCGACUCCAACACGCAGAGCCCGGCCCCCUCCGACGACGGCCGCAGCGUCGACGACUCCGCGCUCCAGUCCCCCUACGCAUCGCAGAACUUCGACCGCUCUCACCGCGUGGCCACCAUGCAGUCCAAGUCACCAUAUACGCAUCUUCAACAGGGUAAUUUAGAUAAUAAUUUCAGUAAUAAUCCUUUAGCUAAUCAUCCGUUACAGCACCAGGUUGGGUCACAUCCGCUCAAUAUAGGUAGUCAACCGCCAGGUAUAGGGAAUCCUAACGAUAACUCUCAGCAGGGUUCAAAGGGUGUCGCAAUUUCAACAGCUGGGAAUCCCCCAAACGGGGAAGCAGGUCCCUCUGUUUCUCAAAAUCAUCAUAUGAGGGGCCUGCUAUCAGUAUCAACCAGCAAUAUUUCAACUCCGCCGCUAACUCAGAGUACGCCGGCGCUUACGGCGCACACGCUGCCUCCGUUCAGUCAUUUGGGUGUCAACCCGUACAGCCAGAGGUCUACGGAUCCUUUGGCGCCUUCGGUUCCGGACCCCACGCACACCCCAUUAUAUUUGGGUCAGAAUUUUCAGCAGACUAUAGCACCGAGUUACCCAAACGGGAUGGCCCCCCACGUUAUGGAUAUGGCUAUCAACAAUCUGCCUAUAGCCAGUCCGGCUACUUUUGGUGAAUCAGCACCAGAGGAAGUCGAGGUUAUGGAACAAGAAACGUCUAGUGAGCCUGCGGGUGGACGCUUGCCUAGUUUCGCCCAGCUCCAAACGCAGAGCUUCAGCGUUUAUGUUUCAAACUAUAUCACACAGCCUAACGUGGGGGGUCAAGUUAUCGCUGACGAGUCGACCGCAGGAUACAUCAUCGUCGAUCCGGUAAACACUCCUUUACAAUAUAGUAAUAUCGAGAUAUGCGGGCAGGGAAUCGACACGUACGAUUACAGCUACUCGCCGCGAGCUACUAAAGACAAUGUUGUUAGUUACAGUUCAGAUCACGUCAAACUUUAUCCGUACGAGUAUGCAGUAGGCGGUAAAACGAUAAAGCGCGAAGAUGAUAUCCUGCGUACAGAUGCUAGUCAGCUUCAAAUACUGAAGAUAGAGGAUAUAAUGGAUUACGCGAACAAAGAGAAUUACGGGUCGCAAAUGAAAUCUCCGGCUAGUCCGGAGAGCGCGAAGGCGGAAAAUGAGAACCGCGGCUCGCCGUUGAUCUCCUCGACGGUGACCACGCCGCUCGCCGAGCGCAACCAGGUCAAGAAGGCCGCGCCGGCCACGGUGCACAAAUGCUACGAGUGCGACAAAAUUUUCAACAAAGCCUGCUAUCUCACGCAGCACAACAAAACAUUCCACUCGGGCGCAAAGCCAUUUAAAUGCGAUCGUUGCGGUAAACGAUUCUCUGACGACGUUUCCUACGAGGGUCAUUACCUAAAGCACACCGACAACAAACCCUUCAAAUGUAACGAGUGUCCGAAGUCUUUCAAUCACAAAACCGACCUGCGGCGCCACAUGUGCCUGCAUUCCGGGUGCAAGCCGUUCGCGUGCGACCAUUGCGGCAAAGCAUUUAUAAGAAAGGAUCACAUGGUAAAGCAUUUCGAUACUCAUAUUAAGAAAAACUCGCGGUCGUCGAACUCCUCGUCGUCUUCGAUAUCGUCGACGACUUCGACUUCGCCGCCAAACUCGCAUCAGAUCGUUUUUAAUUAAAAAUGAUAAUUCGCAAGUGACGCGAGCACAUAUCAUUUUCGAGUACGAAAAUAGGAACUUUGCAAUAAUUUAUAAUUUUUACCUAGUUGCGUAGUCUAUGAUGUUGAAUCGGUGUUAUGUUAUGUUUCGGUUUAUCAUUAUUACGGAAAGACGCGACGCGAUUCGUACUUGACGAUCAGAUAGAGCACGACAUUGCGACGACUGAUCGGACGGGAGGUGACGUCGCGUACCGAGAGUGGGUUUGUUGACGUAUUCCGUGCCCGUUGAGAUUCGGUUCGGUUCCCGCCACGCGGAGGUCCCCGUGAGGACACAACUGCGCCAAUGGGUUUCUAGCGCGCCGGCUAGUUAGUUUUUGUUGUUCAUUCAACUUAACCUUGCAUUCACGCAAGGUGACUUUACAUGCCUGGCUGUCUGGGCGCUAAACGUGUAAUUACAUGACGCUCGCGUUUUAGUCUGCGAUAUUUUUUAGAUCAAACCAUAUCAAUUUUACAUAUGAACUAUAAAAAAUAUUAGGUAAAGCAGGUAAUAUUAUUAUUUCAGGUCGAGUGUAGUGGUCGUCUAGACGUUCUGCAACAUAUCUUAAUUUUAUUGUAAUCUAUGGACCAUAGAUUUAUUUUAGUUAAAAUUCUAUUUCUUCGUAAUGUUUGUUAACGUUAAAAUCACUUUGUAUUUCGAAAAGUACUUACUUAAGUAGAAUAAUUUCUGUAUAUACCUAUUGAAUGGGACGUUUGCCAGCCAGUUAUUGUAAUUAGGCACCUGUCAUGUUAAUAGUAAAUGUUUUGAUUGAAAUGUUUUCCAGUGAAAGUGCGAUGUCAGUAAAAGAAAUUUUAUCUGAGAAUAACGAUUUGAUGCCAAAUUAUUGAUAGUUUCGCCAAGAGUACAAUGUGAUCGGUAUACUGAUCCAAAUAUAUAUGUGUAACACCUAGUAGUAGUGAUUCGUGUUUCGAUAAGUCCAGGCGGGCUCCACUAGUUCGGGACCGGUCUGA